CAGUCUUUCAUUCACUGUACAUUUAAUACUAUUUUAUCUCGGCUAUACACUGUUAAUCCGUUAGGCACUCACGGCGCACCGGAAGACACUGUCAGACACGUCGGCGAUUUAGGAAACAUCCAGGCCAAUUCUGCGGGAGAAGCGGUAAUAAAUAUCACUGACAAUAUCAUCUCGUUGAGAGGACCGAACAGUAUCCUGGGACGAUCCAUAGUUGUGCACUCCGGCGAAGACGAUCUUGGCAAGGGCAAUAAUUCUCUCUCCUCGACAACUGGAAAUGCUGGCGAUCGCUGGGCCUGCGGUGUCGUUGGCAUCGAGUAGGUUAUCGUGGUUAUAUAUAUUUCACG